AUGACUAAAUUACAUCUCAUUUCGAAUUUGAGCUCGUUGGCCUCUCGAAACUAUUCAUCACGAUUAAUUUAUCAUCAAAUCCGAUGUUACUCAUUGAAUUCCUUUAAUUUAUAUUCGAAGACAAGUUCAACACCAGAGACAUUUGCCAAUUCUCAAUCAUCAUCGCCAUCAUCUCCAUCGGAGCCAUCCAAUCAACAAAAUCCCGAACACCCUUCAACACAAGCUACAGAACAACAAGAGCAAAAUUCAACAAUAUUGGAUACUUCAAAUUUGCACACCCCAAUCAAUUUGGACACCCCAGAAACAUUAAAACAAAAGAGAGAACAAUUACAAAAGGAAUUAGAAGCACGAAAAGAUGCAGAAGUAAUGUUGAAAAAAGUAAUUUAUAGAGGAAUAAGGGCCUUUGGUGUCUUGUUUGUUGCUGUGUGUUUAUUGAUUUGGGCCGUGAAGAAGAAAAAUUUGGAAGCAAAAGUUAAAAAGUUUAAUGAGAAAAUUAAAAAGAGUGAAGAAAAAGAGAAACAACUCGAGAAGGACCUUGAAGAGAAUUUUUCUUACAUUAGAAAAGAUAUUGAAACUCAAUCAAAGAAAGAGUAA